ACCUCAGUCCCCAUAUACCAUUUGGACAAAUGAGAUUCGGUCUUCCAUGCAUCUAAACUUACAACACUAACACUGCACACUCACCACAAUUACCACCUCACUCAAGAGAACACUGCGCACCAAUGCACACACAACUACACCCAUACACGAUGAAACUACAUGAUGACACUACACGAUGACACCACACUGCACAUCCGAACACAAUCAACAAAAGGGACGUACAAUGCGACCCGAAAGCCACUUCUUUUUUAUCGUUCGAGAUUCCGCAUUCCCGAUCACCCGAUCAGCGACUAUUCUCCGCCUUCCGUUGUAAUUUUAAACAAAUAAAAUUGUCAAAAUCAUUCUAUAAAUUCCAUUUGAAUCAUUCUGUAUAUACACUUAAAUAACACAUAUAAUACAUCAAAACAUAAAACAUAUCAACACGAUUACUUGCGCUUUCUUAUUUAUUAACGUUUAAACUAAUCUAACAUACGAAGGUUAGUCACAGUGACGAAAAAGUAAAAUGGACGUAGAAAAGGCAAGCCCCAUAGCUACCCCCCGGUCGGCGGUCAAGACGCCUCGUUCAGCAGCUACUCCCAUAGCUGCACCUCGAGCAAUCCCCGUAACAACGGCGUCAACCAUUCCACGAGCUGCCUCCCGGGCAACACCACAGUCGCCGCUACCACCUUCCGAGCGGCCGCGCGUUCAAUGCCCCAUAUGCCUCCGCCAUCGUCUGCAGCACUGCAACAUUUUUAAGGGUAUGACUCCAGCGCAACGUCAACAGGUCGCACAUGCACAUGGAUAUUGCCUGAAUUUCCUGUCGGCUGCGCAUGUAACCCAAGAAUGCAUAUCCGGCAAUCUAUGCCAAAUAUGCAUGCUGCCGCAUCAUACACUACUGCACCGCGACCUGAGACGCGACGUUGUCGAACGACAUGCACCACGCAGCCGCAACGCAGCCCCUCAUCCGCGGAUAAGCCGAGCAUCACGACCACGACGAUGGGCAAACCCACCAGAAUCCAGUUCGAGGCACCCACCGACAAGGACAUCGACGCGCCCCAGACAAACUAGACGACAAUCUCGUCAUAACACUGGUAUCAGUAGUGUUGUAGCUACGCUGCAACAACUACAACGUUUGCUAAACAUUCGCCUAGGGGGGCCGGGAUGGACAAAUGAGAUUCGGUCUUCCAUGCAUCUAAACUUACAACACUAACACUGCACACUCACCACAAUUACCACCUCACUCAAGAGAACACUGCGCACCAAUGCACACACAACUACACCCAUACACGAUGAAACUACAUGAUGACACUACACGAUGACACCACACUGCACAUCCGAACACAAUCAACAAAAGGGACGUACAAUGUGACCCGAAAGCCACUUCGUUUUUAACGUUCGAGAUUCCGCAUUCCCGAUCACCCGAUCAGCGACUAUUCUCCGCUUUCCGUUGUAAUUUUAAACAAAUAAAAUUGUCAAAAUCAUUCUAUAAGUUCCAUUUGAAUCAUUCUGUAUAUACACUUAAAUAACACAUAUAAUACAUCAAAACAUAAAA